AUGAUUUCUAGUACAUGGCAAAGAGCCGUGGAACGAUCUACAAGCCUCCUCUCGAGGGAGGAGCAAGUCAAGUAUGAGAAUUCCUGUCCGGAGGAUAUCGUACAAGACUUUCGAAAUCACCAUCUGGUCCGUGGAAAAAUCGACAAUUUUCUGAAGAGGGUACAACCGCUUGUUACAGCCAUUGAACGUUAUGGAGAACCGCUUAAUGUGAUUGUUAAUGCUUCGCCAACAAUCCUAUCCCCAACAUGGGGAAUCUUGAGGGCUUUGCUAAUAAUUGCUCGAGAGUAUGAAGAUUAUUUCUCGAAGUUGAUGAAAAUGCUACAGCAGAUUGGAGAUGCGUUACCCAGAUUUCAAGUAUACGAAGAGCUAUUCCGCAACCAUGAAUCGUUUCAACGGACGCUCUGCGCCAUGUAUUCGGAGCUCAUUUCAUUCCUCUGCAGCGCCAAGAAAGUAUUCAGCAACUCGUCUUUCCGACGUAAGGUUUUGUGGAGAUCAUUUGAUGACACUUUCUGCGAUCACAUCACUGCCUUCAUACGAUACAGCAAUUUAGUAGAGCGAGAGGCCAACUUGGCCGAUAUGGUCGAGUGUUCUCAAGCCCGGGUACAAUUGGAUGCGCAGAUGAAGUAUCUCAUCGAAGCUAGACAAAACCGCGAACAAGGAUUUGUAGUCUUGAAAUCAUGGCUGGACGCACGGCAGUGCCACGAAGAAAGAGAUGGUAUUGAGAUCUUACCGGGCACCUGCGAGUGGAUACUUGAUCGGAAGGAGCUAUUGGCUUGGAUCCAUAAGGAUGACUCGCAACUAUUUUGGGUCUACGGCCCGCCUGGCUGCGGGAAGUCCUUUCUCUAUGCCAAAAUUCUGCAGUAUAUCGACGCCGCCCUUGCGAUGCCUUACGUGUACUUCCUGUUCUGUGGAGCCGACGGUGAACGAGUGACAGUAGCAUCAUUGCUACGAUCUUGGACUUUUCAACUAGCGAAGAUUUGCGAUGAGGCCAAGGAGCAUAUUAUUCUCUCACGAAACGGCAGCGAGAACCAUGAAGCAACAGAUAAAGAGGUAUAUGAGAUAUUCUUGUCUCUGCUUGAAGUGGUGCCACCAUGCUUCUUAACGGUCGAUGCUGUCGAUGAAUGUCUUGACAGACCAACUUUUUACAAACUUCUUUCACUUAUUCCAAAGCAUUUCAAGGUCCUGAUCACUAGCCGACACUUACCAGAGCUUUCAGAGCACCUGCAACUACAGCAACUCCAGCAGCAUAUCGAGCUUGAGGUUUUGCCAGAGAUGACCUACUCUGAUAUCGAGUUCUAUAUAGCUUCACAUCUCAACAACAUAACACUUCGUUACUGCCCCGAGAUUGUUGCCGCCAUCAAAGACAAGUUGAAACACUCGAACGGUAUUUUCCUCUGGGUUCGUCUUAUGUUUCGGUACAUCCAAGACCAGACAUGCAACGAAGAAAUCAUGCAGUGCCUGAAUGAAUUGCCAAUGGGUCUAUCUGAAAGGUACGAUCGGAUUCUUCGCGACAUCAAUGGCUUAGCCAAGACGAAGCCGCGAGAAAGAUUGCUGGCCCAUAAAGUCUUUUUCUGGGUAUCAGUUGCUCGACGACCACUUCGAAUCAAGGAGGUCUGUGGAUUUCUUGCCGUCAAGCCUUCGUCAGAUCGGAAAAAUGGUUUUGUUGAAUGGCGAAUGGCGAAUGACCCGGAAUCGAGUAUUAUGUCCAUUUGUGGCUCUCUUCUGGUAGCUCGAGGUUCUGGCCAAACUCUUUAUCCAAUCCACUUCACUGCAUCUGAAUACCUGAAACAGUAUAUGAGCAACAGCGAGCGGCUAGCCGAGAUCACAGCAUAUUACGAUGUACAACAGCUAAAUUCGAACGACAGCCUCGCGGCAGCAGUCUGCAUGCGAUACCUGUCUCUAGAAUUCAUCGAAUACCUUCAUUCGCAAACUUCUUUGGAUCAUUCAGACACCGGUAAUAUGCUCAACUCCGAUGAAGCGAAGAUGGUAAUUCUCCGGUACGCAACAAGACAGUGGUUCAACCACUUGAAAAACGUUCAAUCCGCCGAGUUACUCCUUCUAUCUAUCGCGAGAGAAUUUCUAGACGAUUCACGACGUAACUUGGAUGUGUUUUGGCAUCUUUAUUGGUCUUCGAAGCCCGAAACAGCAGAAAAUGGACGAGUUCCUGCACCAUCCUCACGCGCUCAUAUUAUUGCUUACUUUGGUCUUCACUCGGUCCUUCAGCUUAAGGUUCAUCGUCAUCGACGACUUCUUGUUGUACUUCCGCUGGGCAUUCUCCUGCGAUUAUUCUCGGUGCUGAUGGAGUCCUUGAAGAUGUACUAUGUCAAUAUUCCAUGGUCACGAUUCUUUUUGGUUAUCAAAGAAGUAUGGAAGACUUGCUGCUCGUCAUAA